AUGUUCACACAAUCGUAUCAAUGGACUCUAUCUUCUGCACCUUGUAAUCAGGCUGCUAUUUCGAACCAAUCGCCUCUAUUAGAAAACGGAGCUGGCUAUCUUAGUUGUGUUACUACUUCUGGUUCUUGCGGCGGUUACACUCCUUUAAACAUUGGUGAAUAUUGUACUGAUUUCAGUACCUUGCUCGGUUCAAGUUCAGGCCAAAUUUCAGCAAUUGAAAGUAUUGCAGCUGGUUCGCAGUUUUGUGUGGCGUUCCAAAGUGGAAAUUGGAUAGGGAUACAAGUUUCUGGAACGUAUACUGUAGGUGCGCUCUGGUCAAUCGGAACUUGUGUCAAUUUAACAGUCAGGUCGAAUGGAGUGAUUAAUACGCCACCAGUUGUUACAAUUAUUUCACCUAUUCGAGUACCAGUUAAUAGCGUAAUUCGUAUACCAAUUCCAACAAUUGAUGCCGACAAUGAUUUUAUACGCUGUCGUUUUGCGAAUAAAACGUCUACUUUUGACGAAUGUGGUGGUGUCUGCCAAACGGUAUCAAGCGCUACACUUGACCAUGAUGAUUGUGUGCUAACAUUCAAUAGUACAGGCACUAAGGUGGGAGAAUAUUAUGCAAUGGCCUUGAUGAUUGAAGAUUUUGCUACACUAUCAACGCCGACACCGUUUAGCAGUGUUCCUCUACAAUUUUUAAUCACUAUUGUAAGCACACCUGUUUGUCCAUUAAAACCGACGAUUAGUUCGACAUUAUCACCAUGCACCGCUAUUGAAGUCGGAGUUCAAUUUAAUUAUACAUUGAGCAUUUCACAAGGGUGUAAUGGAACUACAGUGACAGAUCUGUUUACCAUGCCACCACUGUAUAUGUAUAAAGGAAAUAUAACACGAGUUGGAGCGACCAAUGUUUGGACAAUAACUGAAACAUGGACACCAGAAAUUUCACAAAUCGGAUCUCAGGUAUAUUGUGCCUUAGCCACAGACAGUGCGGGCAUUCAGUCGAACCAAUACUGUCUUACAUUUACAGUAGUUCCUGCUGGUCAAACUUCUUUGUGUCCAGGUAUAACUACUUCGACAACAUCUACAGCAUCGAGCACAAGCAGUACCGCUAUCAGUACAACAACAACAACUGCAACAACAACAACAAUAACAACAACAACGGCUGUUAAUACUUUGGCGAAUGCACAAGCGAAAAUAUCUAAUAAUAUAAAUGAACCAAUGGUCAUUGGCUUAUCACUAUUAGGCUUGGGAAUUCUGUUAACUUUAUGUUGUUGCUGUUGGUGGUGGUUGUUCUGCUAUGGAUCCGAUCGUCGACGUAACAGACAAAAACCAAAGAGGGAUCAAACGAAAUCUAUAUUUCGUAGUGAACAGUCAUCACCUAGAUUAAGUUUACUUACGUCAACUUUACCCAGCAAACAGAAACUGGUGUCAAUACGAGGACGUCAUGAUGACAAACAUCACAAAACACAUAAAAGUGCUAUGAUUUAUCCAUUAAAUACUAGUAAUAAGUACAAAAACGAAAAUAAUGUACCAAAAUAUCAACGGAAUCAUCCCAGUAAUGCGAGCUUAAUUCAUCAAAGUAGUUUUAAUGAAUCAUUAUCAACCGAAACAAAUUCCGAGGUUGAAGAGCCAUUCUCAGAUACCGAUAACAUUGACAAGAUCGAUUGUUCUAAAUUACCAAGUACUGGAACAAUGAACGUUAGCAUUAUAAAACUGCCUAGAGCAACAGCGUCAGCACCGAUUGAUCAAGGAAUACAGACAUCAAAAUCGCACUGCUCAACUUCUCAAACCUUGCUUACAAACGAUAAAGCACCGUUAAAACUCAAACGAAGUAAUUCAACUACUGUAAACCGACGUAAAUCAAUGGCGCUGAAUUAUAAAGAUACAUCACGUAUAUCGCACGAGUUUUUGUCGUCGGCAAAAGUCAACAACAGUUCGGCAGUUCACAUCGUCAAAAUCAAGAAUUUGAAAUUAUCAUCAUUAGUGUCCAAUGAUCCUACUAUAGGAAUUGACAAAUAA